AGGUUGUAAAGAUAUUUCUCUUCGAGUUUUCAAAAAAAAUGGAGAAAGAAAAUAAUUUGAAUUUUUAUUCGAAUGAGAGUCGAAAUGAGAAUGAUGAGCUUUCGGUAAAUUGGCAGUGGAAAGAGAUUCAUCUACCGUUUACUAUUGCCACAUCUCCACUUCCACUAUAUUUAAUUAUUGUUGGAGUUUUGACAAUUUUCGAUCAAGACACUCUUCUCUCAAUUUGGAUGAUAUUCACUGGAUUUACAAUGGGCCUCGAACUUCUGUAUAUUUCUGUGUAUCUCGGCCGAAAAUCCAUAAAACAUCAAACAGAAUUAGAUUUGGAUGAUCAAAUUUUUGAGAAAUAUGAGAGUAGUGAGAAUCAAAAUGUGAAGGAUCCGUUGAUGAGGAAAGCUAUUAAACUUCAUAUUACAACAGCAUUUUUAGCUUAUUUCGGCUUGCUACAGUGCUACAUUAUUCUAACGAAUGAUUCAAAUCGUAAUUCAUAUGUAAUUUUUCCAAGUUUUUUUGUUUCAAUGUUUUAUUGUACUUCUUUGAUUAUUUUUGGUUGUUUUGUAUUGAUUAAGCUCAGAUCACAAAAAUCUAAAACAAUGCUCGUUUGAAUGGAAAUAUUGAAAAGUUAGAAAAAUUCCCCAAUUGCUAUUUGAGACCUCUGUUAAUUUGUAUAUAUUUUUUUAAUCAAAAUGAAAAAUAAUCCGGUUUAAGAUUGCAUUCUUUGUAUAAAUAAAUACAGUCUUCC